AUGGCGCCCAAACAAUAUCGUACGCCGCCACAGGCACCACCGCUUUUCACUGCUACGGCUUCCUCUCUUAUCAAUGAUUCAAAGCGAAUCUGUGAAAAGACUCGACUACAAAUGGAUAAAAUAGUCGAGAAUGUAACAGUAGACAAUGCCAAUUUUGCAAACACGGUUAAAAUUAUGGCAGAGGAAGAAGAUCUAGCAGGUUUGGAAACACGUAUUAUUGGCUUCUAUCAAGCCGUCAGCACUAAUUCAGAGUUGCGUGACGCUUCAAGCAAGGCUGAAGAAAUUAUGGAAGAUUUCAGUAUCGAAGCAGGGAUGCGAGAAGACAUUUUUGGUAUCGUCAAUGCUGCUUAUGAGAAGGAAAUGAAAAAGCCUAGCAACGAGGCACUGGACACAGAAAGUAUGCGACUGCUAGAAAAGGAAAGGAAGAGCUACAUACGUAAUGGUUUGGGCAUAGAAAAGGGCCCAAAACGAGACCGUUUCAAGGAAAUAAAAAAACGGCUAAGUCUGAUUGAGAUAGAAUUCCAGAAGAAUUUAAAUGAAGAAAAUGGCGAAAUUUGGUUUAACCCUAAAGAGCUGGAAGGAGUCCCAGAAGACGUGCUGCAAGGUUUUGAGAAGGGGUCGGGUGAAAAUGAGGGUAAGAUUCGAUUUACAUUCAAGUACCCAGAUUUAUUCCCUACCCUUAAGUUCGCUCUGGACUCUGAGAUCAGAAAAAGAGUGACAAUUGAAAAUGAGAAUAAGUGCAACCAAAAUAUCCCACUUUUCAAAGAAGCCAUAGUACUUCGAGAUGAAGCAGCAAGGCUAUUAGGAUACCCAGAUCACGCGACCUUUCGCAUCGAAGACAAGAUGGCCAAAACUCCUGCAACUGUAAAUGAGUUCUUAGGUGAUCUACGCUCAAGAUUAGCUGCUGGCGGCGUUAAAGAAAUGAAGCAUCUUCUGGAUAUUAAAAAAGAAGACCUUACGCAACGGGGACUUGAAACUACCUUCGACGGUAACUUUUAUCUCUGGGAUUCGAGAUUUUACAGUCGAAUGAUGAUCGAAAAGGAGUUCUUUAUCGAUGAACAGAAGAUUGCAGAAUACUUCCCACUUCAAAGCACUAUCGAAGGCAUGUUGAAGAUUUUUGAAGAGCUCUUUGGCUUUGUGUUUAUUGAGGUGGUGGGUGAAGACCGAGCAAAAAUAUCUAGUACUGGUAGGGCUGAGGAUAUUACAUGGCAUGAAGACGUCAAAAUUUUUUCUGUAUGGGAUGAUGAGGGAGAAGGCAGUGGGUUUGUUGGCUAUCUCUAUCUAGAUCUUCAUCCACGGCCAGGCAAAUACGGUCACGCUGCCAACUUUUCAUUACAGCCUGGAUUUCUUUAUCCCAAUGGCACUCGACGUUACCCUGCGACAGCUCUAGUCUGUAACUUUUCGAAGCCAACCGCUACAAAGCCUUCUCUGCUGAAACAUGAUGAAGUAGUGACACUAUUUCAUGAAUUGGGACAUGGCAUCCAUGACUUAGCGGGGCGAACCAGAUACUCGCGAUUCCAUGGUACUUCUGUCGUUCGUGAUUUUGUUGAAGCACCCAGUCAGAUGCUCGAGAAUUGGUGCUGGACUCCAUCACAACUAAAAUCUCUUAGCAGUCACUAUAUAACGAACGAGAAAAUUCCGGAUGAUUUAAUUGAAAAGCAAAUGAGUGUAAAGCAUGUUAAUGAUGCUCUUUUUAACUUACGUCAACUUCAUUUUGGUAUAUACGAUAUGACUAUUCAUACCCCAAAAGACCAUGAGGAGGCUGAGGCAUUUAAGUUGUCGGAGUUGUUCAAUGAACUUCGCGCUCAGAUCUCAGGGAUCAAGGGACCCGAAGCUCUUGGCCAGAAGAGCGAUUGGGGACACGGUCAAGCCACAUUUGGCCAUUUGAUCGGUGGAUAUGAUGCAGGAUACUAUGGGUACUUGAGUAGUCAAGUAUAUAGCGCAGACAUGUUCUAUAGUGUAUUUAAAAAAGACCCCAUGGACCCGAAAGAAGGACGUCGGUAUCGACAUAUGGUUCUUGAGAAGGGUGGCUCUCAAGACGAGAUGAAGACGCUGGUAGACUUCCUCGGUCGUAAACCGAGCACAGAAGCCUUCUACCAAGAGCUGGGUCUUGCGUAA